AUGCCUUACAGCUUCCACUUAGAAGAAUCAGAGAUCACGACGAACCUUGCGGCUUCCUUCAACAAGCUGGCAAAGGGCCAGCAGUCCACGGAGAGAGUGUUGAAGGUCGUGUAUUACCCUUUGGCAGUCUUUCGCGUGCGGCCCAUCACCCGCUGCACGUCAUCGCUCAGCGGGCACAUUGAGGCCGUGCUUUGCGUAUCCUUCUCUCCGGACUCCAAGAUGUUGGCCAGCGGCUCUGGCGAUUCCACCGUGAGGCUCUGGGAUCUCAACACAGAGCUGCCCAAGCACACCUGCAAAGGUCAUCAAAACUGGGUGCUCGUCGUUGCAUGGUCGCCUGAUGGCUCCAAGCUCGCAUCGGCAGGCAUGGACAAGAUCGUUCUCGUUUGGUGCGCGAAGUCCGGGAAGAACCUGGCAGCCUUGAAAGGCCACCAACAACCGGUCACUGCCGCUUGCUGGCAGCCGUUGCAUGUUGCGGAGAGCUUCCCCUGGCUUGCGACGAGCUCCAAGGAUGCCACCGUCCGCCUGUGGGACGUGAGCGUGGGCGUGUGCCUUCGAAGUCUGACUUCCCACUCCCAGCCUGUGAUGCAGGUGAAGUGGUCUGGCGAGCGUGCUGACAUUGGCGGCGUUGUGUACACAGCCGGCCGGGACACUGUAAUCAAGGUCUGGAAUCCCAAGGAUGGAAGCAUGCUGAAUGAACUGAAGGGCCAUGGACACUGGAUCAACACACUUGCGCUGAACACGGACUAUGUCAUCCGGUCUGGUCCGUUUUCACACGAGCCGCAGAAGUUCGCGGAUCUGCCCGAGAAGAAGGAGGCAGCGAAGAAGCGCUACGCGGAAGCUGUGGAGCUGUGUGGUGGCGAGCGUUUGCUGUCGGGCUCCGAUGACUUCACGCUCUUCUUGUGGCGGCCGCUCGUCUCCAAAACCCCAGUGUGCCGGAUGACCGGGCACCAGAAGAUUGUGAACCAGGUCGCUUUCUCCCCAGAUGGUCGAUGGUUUGCAUCCGCGUCCUUUGACAAGUCUGUGAGACUUUGGGACGGCCGGACCGGCAAGUACGUUCACGCCUUCCGUGGCCAUGUAGGUGAUGUGUACCAGCUGGCAUGGUCUGGCGACAGCCGACUGCUUGUCAGCGUGUCCAAAGAUUCGACGGCAAAGUGCUGGGAUAUCGGACGGCGCAAACUGCAGGAGGAUUUGCCAGGACACGCUGACGAGGUCUACGCCGUGGACUGGAGCUUGGACGGCGCGCGGGUUGCGACAGGCGGUAAAGACCGAGUUCUGAAGAUCUGGCGCCACUAG